AUGACCAUCAGCCAGGGUACUAUGACCAUCAGCCAGGGUUCUAUGACCAUCAGCCAGUGUACUAUGACCAUCAGCCAGGGUACUAUGACCAUCAGCCAGGGUACUAUGACCAUCAGCCAGUGUACUAUGACCAUCAGCCAGGGUACUAUGACCAUCAGCAAGGGUUACAUGACCACUACCCAAGGUUCUAUGAUCAUCAGCCAGGGUACUAUGACCAUCAGCCAGGGUACUAUGACCAUCAGCAAGGGUUAUAUGACCACUACCCAAGGUUCUAUGAUCAUCAGCCAGGGUACUAUGAUCAUCAGCCAGGGUACUAUGACCAUCAGCCAGGGUACUAUGACCAUCAGCAAGGGUUAUAUGACCACUACCCAAGGUUCUAUGAUCAUCAGCCAGUGUACUAUGACCAUCAGCCAGGGUACUAUGACCAUCAGCCAGGGUACUAUGACCAUCAGCAAGGGUUCUAUGACCAUCAGCAAGGGUUCUAUGACCACUACCCAAGGUUCUAUGAUCAUCAGCCAGGGUUCUAUGACCAUCAGCCUGGUGGAUGACCUGAAACAAAGAGUUAGAGGGAAAAUAAAAGACAGUCUGAAGGAGAAUUUUAGAUUCCUGUAUGAAGGAACUGCAGAGGAACCAACUCGACUUAAUAGCAUUUACACCCAGCUCUACAUCACCCAAGGAGAGACUGAAGGGGUUAAUAAAGAACAUGAGGUUAGACAGAUUGAAUACACAUCCAGGAGAAGAAACAUAUCUGACACUCCAAUCAACUGCAACGACAUCUUCAAACCCUUACAUGGAGAGAAGAGUGAAGAGGAGAGACCCAUCAGAACCAUUAUGACAAAGGGCAUCGCUGGAAUCGGAAAAACAGUCUCAGCGCAGAAGUUCAUCUUGGACUGGGCAGAGGGAAGAGCCAAUCAGGAUGUGGAUUUCAUCUUUGUGCUUCCAUUCAGAGAGCUGAAUUUGGUUCAAGAUGAUCAAUACAGUCUGCAAGGAAUUUUUAAUUAUUUUCACCCUGAACUUGAAGAGAUAAAAGAUGCACACACAUAUGAUGACUGUAAAGUCAUGGUCAUCUUUGACGGUCUGGAUGAAAGCAGACUUCCAUUAGCAUUUGAUAGGAAUAAGAAACUGAGGGAUGUAAAUGAGACAUCAUCAGUUGACAGGUUGAUCACAAACCUCAUUGAUGGAAAUCUUCUCCCCAAAGCUCUCAUAUGGAUAACCUCCAGACCAGCAGCAACCAAUAAGAUCCCUCGUAUGUACAUCAGCAAGGUGACAGAAGUACGAGGGUUCAAUGACAAACAGAAAGAAGAAUACUUUGAGAAGAAAGUCAAGGAUGAAAACCUGGCUAGGAGAAUCAUCUCACACAUUAAAACAUCAAGAAGCCUCCACAUCAUGUGUCACAUACCAGUCUUCUGUUGGAUUACUGCCAGGGUUCUUCAGCACAUGAUGACUGAAGGAAAGAGUGGAGACAUCACAACUCUGACUGAGAUGUACUCUCACCUCACACUCAUUCAGACAAAUCUGAAAAGCAUGAAGUACGAUGGCAUAACUGAGGAUGAUUUGGACACAAUCACAGAAAGAAACAAAGAAAUAAUUCUCAAACUGUCACAACUGGCAUUUAAACAGCUGGUGAUGGGAAACAUCAUAUUCUAUAAGAAAGACCUGGAAGAGUGUGGUAUUGAUUUCAGUGAAGCCUUGGUGUAUUCUGGGUUUUGCACAGAAAUCCUGAAAGAAGAGAGAGUGUUACAUAAGAGGAAGGUCUACUGCUUUGUUCACCUGAGCUUCCAGGAGUUCCUUGCUGCUCUUUAUGUUUUCCACUGCUGUGUGACCAAGGACAUCAAGGACCUGGAGUAUUUAAUUAAAGAUGUGUCUUCAGAACUGCCCUUUCAUGAGCUGUUGAAGAUGAUAGUGGAUAAAACAUUGGAUAGUGAGAAUGGACACCUGGACCUGUUCCUCCGCUUCCUUGUUGGCAUCACACUGGAGUCCAACCAGAGACUGUUACAAGGACUACUGCCACCGACAGAGAUCGGCUCAGAAACUGUUGAUGAAAUAAAGAAAUACCUCAGGAAGCCGAAUGUAGAGCAAGUCUCAACAGACAGGUACAUCAAUCUACUAAUCUGCUUGACUGAGAUGAAAGAUGAUUCAGUACAUGGUAACAUUGACAAGUUCCUGAAGUCAGGAAACCAAACAGGACAACAAUUCUCAGGUACACACUUCUCAGCACUGGCCAACGCACUGCUGAUGUCAAAGGGUGUGCUGGAUGAGAUUGACCUGAGGACAUACAACUUGUCACCUGGGUGUACGAGACUGGUCCCAGCUGUCAGGAAAUGCAGAAAGGCAAUACUGAUUGGCUAUCAGCUAUCCAACGAGGACUAUGAGUCACUGGCCUCCAUCCUCCAAUCACAUGACUCACAUCUGAGAGAUCUGAACCUGAACGACAGGGGGGAUCCUGAUCCUGGUGAGGAUGAUGAUGAUGAAGAUACCGAAAAGGGCUGUCUGACUGUUCUACUUGCCGCUCUGAAACAUCCUCACUGUAAACUGGAGACACUGAGGUUGGGUGACUUUACACUCUCUGAGGAGGAGUAUGGAUCACUCGUCUCCACUGUCCAAUCAGCAGACUCUCCUCUGAGAGAACUGGACCUGAGGAACAGUGAGCUGUCUGAUGACGGGAGGAAACUCUUGAACUCUCUGAAAGGUCAACACUGUAAACUACAGACCCUGAGGCUGGGUGGCUACACCCUAUCUGAUGAGGACUGUGGAUCACUCAUUUCUGCUCUCCAAUCAGCUUACUCCUCUCUGAGAGAACUAGACCUAAGCAAGCGAAAUCUGUCAGAUGAUGGGAGUGAACUCUUUACUGCUCUGAAACAUCCUCACUGUAAACUGCAGACACUGAGGCUGAAUAGGUGUUAUCUGACAGAGAGAUGUUGUGAAACGUUGGCCUCAGCUCUCAGUUCAAAUUCCUCUCAUCUGAAAGAGUUGGACCUGAGUCACAAUGACCUCCUGGAUUCUGGAGUGAAGCUGCUCUCUGUGGGACUGGGACAUCAUUACUGUAAAGUGGAACGGCUAAGGCUGUCAUUCUGUAGAGUUACAGAGGAAGGCUGUGCUUCUCUGGCUUCAUCUCUGAGGUCAAAUCCCUCCCACCUGAGAGAACUGGACCUGAGUUUCAAUCACCCAGGAGACUCUGGAGUGAAGCUGCUCUCUGGUAGACUGGAGGAUCCUGACUGUAGACUUGAGAAACUCAAGAUUAGACUUUUUGAUUCAGGCUGUGUCUCUGUGUUCCUCUGUCUCUCCCACAGAGUGGACCAUAAUGAAGAGUUCUGGGUAAAACCACAGCUGAUGAAGAAGUACUUCUGUCAUCUCACUCUGGACCCAAACACAGCACACAGAAACCUCUCACUGUCUGAGGGGAACAGAAAAGCGACAAGGAGAGAAGAGGAGCAGCCGUAUCCUGAUCUCCCAGACAGAUUUGACGUAAGGUGUCAGGUGCUGUGUAGAGAGGGUCUGACCGGACGCCGUUACUGGGAGGUGGAGAGGACAGGGGAUGCUUAUAUAGCAGCAACAUAUAAAGACCUCAGCAGAAAGGGAAAAAGUUACGACUGUCUGUAUGGAUGGAAUAACAAGUCCUGGAAUCUGUACUGCAGAGGGAAUGUAUACUCUACCUACCAUGAUAAUGAACAUAUUUAUAUACCAGCUCCACAUCUCAUUAACCCUCCUCAUCCCCAGAGAGACAUGUUCUCCUCAGAAUCAGACCUGUCCUCACCUCCUCCCUCCAGAGUGGGAGUGUUUCUGGACUGGCCGGCCGGCACCCUGUCCUUCUAUGAGUUCCACUCUGACACAAUAACCCACCUGUGCACAUUCCAGACCACAUUCACUAAGCCUGUCUACCCAGGGUUUGGGCUUGGGCAGGGUGUUUCAAUGACCCUGUGUCAGGUGAAAAAUGCUUGAUUUUGACUUCUGAAAUAUGUAUGAACCCUGCUUUUGAAUACUCUCAUUCUUUCUCUGUCUGUAUCUCUCGGAUUAAACAGAGUUGAUCUAAA